GUUUUAAACUGCACUUACUGUUGGUUCCCUUGGGAACCAACAGUAAGUGCUUCAAAACAAUUAACCUCCAAGGACACUUUGGACUUCUCUCACAGGUGAAUGUACUAGAUCAAACAUGGAGGACUUUCUGGUAAAAGACAACAAGAAGACGACCAGCCCAACGACGUAUUUACCAGGCGUGAGUUGCUCUCAACUUCUUGUAACGACUUGUAACGAGCUAAACUCUAGUGGCGCCCACCUGAACGUAGUUCAUGAUGAGAGUCUGAGCAGAGCCGGCGACACUAAAGGUGAUCAGCUCCCCCAUCCUGAAGAGAACAGACAGCUUUUUGAGAGCCUUCCCGCUUUGCCCAAGAAGCUCGCCUCCAAACGCGGGAGGAGGACGUACAUCUGCGACCAGUGUGGGAAGACGUUCCGGAGGAAAAGGCGUCUGACUGUCCAUCUGCGGAGUCACGGCGUUGAGAGGCCGUACAGCUGUCUCCAGUGUGGGAAGAGUUUUAUUCAGAAGGGGAAUCUUACGGUCCAUCAGCGCAUCCACACCAGAGAGAGUUUACCUCAGGCCUGAACUGGAGGGAAGUUUAUCAGAACCUUGUCAUCAACGUACAUCGACCACACGGUGUGAAAUGUACAUUUGAACUUAACAGCUUAAAUAAAAUUAAUUGGGGGAGCAAAGUAAA